AUGACCGACCUUCUUCAUAUUCUCCCGUCCUUCCGCACCAGCCCCUUCGGGGCUCUCCUGCCAACAAUCGAGCAACAUGCCCUAUCAACAACAGACCUUCUGGCUCUUCAUCCAGCGGAUAUCGCCAAACAAACACAUCUACCGCUCCUGGAUCUGAAACGACUCAUCGCAGCAAUCCAAGCCUCACUAUCAGAUGACCUCGUGCCACGAUAUCCCCUUCGGCAAGAUGCCAACUCCAAUCCAGCCCCAGAAACGUCCAACGAUGAGACCGAGCCAGCAGAUUCAAACCCCCAGGGAGCCAAAUCACCAGAAACAACCGCAAACGACGCUACCAGCAGAAGCAAACCUCCCUCAGCAUCAUACAUCAGCACUCUUUCACCAGAAAUAGACGCAGUCCUCAACUCUGGCAUCCCAACAUCAACCAUUACCGAAAUCACAGGCGAAUCCGGUGCCGGCAAGACUCAAUUCCUCCUCUCGCUCUGCCUUGCUGUGCAACUCCCUGCCCCCCAUGGCCUCCGCAAGCAAGCUCUCUACAUCUCAACAGAGUCCAGCCUGGCAACCACUCGCCUCUCCCAGAUAAUGAAAUUCAACCCCGUCCUCCAACAAAUUGACUCUGCAGACCGCCCAUCACUAGACAACAUCCUCAGCACAGUGACGCCGGAUCUCGAAUCACAGGAUCACAUCCUCGAAUACCAAGUCCCAGUGCUACUGUCAAGACACAACAUCGGCCUAGUGGUCAUCGACUCCGUGGCAGCCAACUACCGCGCCGAAUUCGAAAGGUCCGGCUCUUCAUACGGCUCUAACAUGGCCGCACGGAGCGCCGAACUUGUCCGCCUAGGAGCCCUGCUGCGAGACCUAGCAAGAAAGCAUGACAUUGCCAUCGUCGUCGCGAACCAAGUAUCAGAUCGCUUCUCCUCAUCAGCCCCAGUACCAAGAACGGUUCCCUACAGAGCUACGCAGGAAAGCCCCCUCGCUUCACGUAGCAUGCCUCCACCGCAGUCCACCCUCGCCAGCACGCCCUCGUCCUCCGUGCCAUUCUCCUUCCCGGAGGAUGCGCCGACACACCCUGCAUUACGUCUUGAGCAUCAGCAGCGCUGGUUUACCGGCUGGGGCGAUGAUCCCCGUUCGUCACAUUCGUUAAAAACACCUAGUUUGGGGCUGGUAUGGUCGACGCAGAUUGGGUGUAGGAUAGCAUUAUUCAAGAGACCCGUUUACGGACGGCCGAGACAGAUUGCAGCUUCUAUAGAGGCGGAUGAUGAUAAUGUUGACAGGGGCGCUACCUUGAAGAGCUGGCGGAGGUGGAUGAAGGUUGUGUUCGCCGGACAUGUUGCUGCUUCGGGGCAAGGGGUGAAUGGGGCCAAGGAAUUUGAGGUUACGAUGGGAGGAAUACAGUCUGCACAGAAGAAGGGCAAAGAUCAAUGA